CACUUCCGCCGGAAAUGACCUCCAGCCGCCCGUGCCCUUUCCUCCUCGCACGCGAGGGCGCCGGGGCCGGGUGCGCGGGGCGCGAGGGCGACCACCAUGGCGGCCGCCGCCCUGCUGCGCGCGACGCCCCUCCUGAGCGGUCUCGGGACCGGGCCAGCCCCGCUGCUGCGGGGCCUCCUGCGGCCGCCGCGGGCCCCGGCGCUGCCCGGCUUGUGCCGGGGGCUGGCCGCGGAGGCCAAGAAGACGUACGUGCGCGACAAGCCGCACGUGAACGUGGGCACCAUCGGCCACGUGGACCACGGCAAGACCACUCUGACCGCGGCCAUCACCAAGAUUUUAGCAGAGGGAGGGGGAGCCAGAUUUAAGAGAUACGAGGAGAUUGACAACGCCCCCGAGGAGCGCGCCCGCGGGAUCACGAUCAAUGCGGCCCACGUGGAGUACAGCACCGCGGCCCGCCACUACGCCCACACGGACUGCCCGGGUCAUGCGGACUACGUUAAGAAUAUGAUCACGGGCACCGCCCCCCUCGAUGGCUGCAUCCUGGUGGUGGCGGCCAAUGACGGCCCGAUGCCCCAGACCCGAGAGCACCUGUUACUGGCCAGACAGAUCGGAGUAGAGCAUGUCGUGGUGUACGUGAACAAGGCGGACGCUGUCCAGGACUCCGAGAUGGUGGAGCUGGUGGAGCUGGAGAUCCGGGAACUGCUCACGGAGUUUGGCUACAAAGGGGAGGAGACCCCGGUCAUCGUAGGCUCUGCCCUCUGUGCCCUUGAGCAACGUGACCCUGAGCUAGGCGUGAAGUCUGUGCAGAAGCUGCUGGAUGCCGUGGACACUUACAUCCCAGUACCCACCCGAGACCUGGAGAAGCCUUUCCUGCUGCCUGUGGAGUCCAUUUACUCCAUUCCUGGCCGGGGCACGGUGGUGACCGGUACACUGGAGCGUGGCAUUUUGAAGAAGGGAGAUGAGUGUGAGUUCCUGGGACACAGCAAGAACAUUCGGUCUGUGGUGACAGGCAUUGAGAUGUUCCACAAGAGUCUGGAGAGGGCAGAGGCAGGCGACAACCUUGGAGCCCUGGUCCGGGGCUUGAAGCGAGAGGACCUGAGGCGUGGCCUGGUCAUGGCCAAGCCCGGGUCCAUCCAGCCGCACCAGAAGGUGGAGGCACAGGUGUACAUCCUCAGCAAGGAGGAGGGCGGCCGCCACAAGCCUUUUGUGUCCCACUUCAUGCCGGUCAUGUUCUCCCUGACCUGGGACAUGGCCUGCCGGGUCAUCCUGCCGCCAGGGAAGGAGCUUGCCAUGCCCGGGGAGGACCUGAAGGUCAGCCUUAUCUUGCGGCAGCCCAUGAUCUUAGAAAAAGGCCAGCGUUUCACCCUGCGCGAUGGCAACCGGACCAUUGGCACUGGCCUGGUCACCGAGACGCCGGCGAUGACCGAGGAGGACAAGAACCUGAAGUGGAGCUGAGUCUGGACUCAACUCAGACUCCACUGAAGGCUGCACUGGCCGGCGUUGUCGCCUGCUACUGCUGCUGCCCCUCCCCAGGGCACGGGCUGCAGCCCAGCCGCGCGCCAGACUGACCCUUCCCCUGGUCAGGAGGGGCCCCGGGGCCUGCUGGGUGAGGUAGGUUCAAUAAACUGUUCUGUGAAUAGCGAG